CGACCCAAUCAUUGCCCUGGAAUAGGUGGAAAGCUCGAACGCCUGUGUGCAUUUACGGUGGGGGCGUGGCCCGCCCACGGUUUAGUCAGACUGCGCGGCCGGACGCCGGCGCCAUGGAGGAGUACGCUCGGGAGCCUUGCCCAUGGCGAAUUGUGGAUGAUUGCGGUGGCGCCUUCACUAUGGGUGUUAUCGGCGGUGGAGUCUUCCAGGCCAUUAAGGGCUUCCGCAAUGCCCCUGUCGGAAUUCGGCACCGAAUGAGAGGCAGUGUCAACGCUGUGAGGAUCCGAGCCCCUCAGAUUGGAGGUAGCUUCGCAGUGUGGGGGGGCCUGUUCUCCACCAUCGACUGCGGUCUGGUGCGGCUGCGGGGCAAGGAAGAUCCCUGGAACUCCAUCACCAGUGGAGCAUUGACCGGGGCUGUGCUGGCUGCCCGCAGUGGCCCAUUGGCCAUGGUGGGCUCAGCAAUGAUGGGAGGCAUUCUGUUGGCCCUCAUCGAGGGUGUUGGCAUCCUCCUCACUCGCUACACUGCCCAGCAGUUCCGCAAUGCACCCCCAUUCCUGGAGGACCCCAGCCAGCUGCCCCCUAAGGAGGGUACCCCAGCCCCAGGCUACCCCAGCUAUCAGCAAUACCACUGAGGAAGUGACCGCCUGUCAUCGCCACCGUGGGAGCUCCUCCUUGGUUCCCUCCGCGAUGAUCUACCUCGAAGGGAGGGCUGGCUCCCGGUUGGCCCUGGGACCCUCCAGAGAGGGCCUCUACUCUGUUCCCUUAUCCCAGGUUGGGGGUGGGGCACCCCAGCUGCCCUGAUGGGUGGGUCCCUUCUCUCUCAGGCACCCCAGCCCCCACUCAUAUGUAACAAGCUCUCACCCCAGUCCCUUUGCAUGGCGCCCUGAUCAGUAUUUAAAGCCAGUUUUGAAAUGCC